AUGUAUCCUAACAUUUGCGUGAAAAUAUGCACCAGUGGUCGAUUUAUGUUCGGGAAGGAGUCAAUCUUCAUGCAACCAUGGCAAAUUGUGGAAUUUGAAGGUUGCCUUUAUUAUGCAUUUCUCCCAGCAAAUCAUUUGAAGGACUUAGUUGCACUUGACGAAGAAGAGCAUAAUCUGGACGAGGAAACUGAAGAUAUUGAAAAGUUAUUAUCAGAUAACGAAGGCACUCUUGUUAGCAAUGAUCAGGAAAGCAACGCAAACGUAGAUCUUAACGAACUUAGCGAUUACUGCCAGGUUAAAGUUGAAAGUAAUUCAAGUGAUACCGAAUUGCCAUCAAGGGUACAGAUUGCGAUCCCUAGUGUGGUUGAACUGGAGAGUACUUAUUCAUGCAGUGCAUGUAACAUAGAUUUUGAUCUCGAGAUCAUGCUGAGGAGGCACAAUAUAAAAUUUCAUAAUCACCGAGCCCAUAAGUACAAAUGCAAAGUAUGUCCGAAAACUUGCAAAACGUUGAUGGCGUUUAAAAUGCAUGUAGAUAUGGAACAUGAGAAGACUAAAGAUCCUAUUGUGUUUGUCUGUACAUAUUGCAAAUUUGAAUGCAAAAAAAGGACGACCCUUCACUCGCACGUCGCAAGGAAGCAUGCAACACAUCAGAAGGAGCAUGAGGAGUAUUUGUGCGACAUUUGCGAAUUCAAGUGCCAGAGUAGACGUCGAUUGAAGGAACAUCUUGAGAGAAAACAUGCUGCUGACUACAAAUAUGUCUGCGAGAUAUGUGGUAAAAAGUUCAAAGUCAAGGGUGAUAUGAGACUUCACGUAAGAUUUAAGCACAAAGAGGGACCUAGAAUAUGCGACGUCUGUGGAAAAACUUGUUCAAACAGUAACUCUCUUUACGUUCAUCAAAAAUGGGCCCAUUUUAAACCAAAGUACGAGUGCCACAUUUGCCACCGUCGCAUGGUUACCCAAUUUAAUCUCGAUCAACAUAUUUUACUACAACAUGAAAGGCGAGAAAUCUUUGUGUGCGAGGAGUGCGGUAAAUCUUUCACUGAAAAUCACAGGCUGAAACAGCAUAUGAUGACUCACACCGGAGAUAGACCACACACGUGUACGAUUUGUGGUAAAGCAUUUUUAUCAGCCAAGGACACAGAAAAACACCAUGGAAUAUUUAUAUUUGGCAAGGAGUCUGUAAUUAUGCAAGAAUGGCAGAUUAUCGAAUUUGAUGACAAGCCCUGUUACGCCUUUCUCCCUGCUAGCUGUUUCUCUGAAACUGUAAGCGAUAAGCAACUAAAUGAGGUCGAUAAUGAUAUCAAUGUCGCUGCUGAAGAAAGCUAUAAAAAUGAGCCUGUGCCAGGGAGUGAGAAUGAGUCUGAGUUGGGACUAACUGAAAAUCACGAAUCACCUAUUGUCAGUGACGAAGACAGAGCACUCGAUAAAGUUGAAAACGGACGCACAAUAGGCGACUUGUAUCAAGUAAAAAUGGAAGGAAAUACCGUUACUAUUGAAAAAUUGGCUGAGAAUGUUACGGAAUCUAUAAAUCAAGAUAAUGAACUUUCAGAAGAAUCGAACAAUCAGUUUUUUUCUGAACACGUGACACCUUUGCCAGAUUCGAUCAUACGAUCCCUCAAGUGUAAGGCUUGUUCAAAAACUUUUGACACAGAAAUAGCAUUUCGGAAGCACGUCGCAUGGACGCACAAGAAGAAAGUUUGCAUCGAAGAAAAUGGGGCCUAUGUAUGCGCCGUGAAAGGGGACUUGACAACUCAUGUCAGGUUUCAUCAUAAAGAGAAACCCACAAUGUGCGAUUUGUGUGGUAAAUCAUGCCGUAACAGUGGCUCAUUGUACGUCCAUCAGAAGUGGGCUCACUACAAACCCAAGUUUGAGUGUCACAUUUGCAAACGACGAAUGGUAACUCAGGAGAAUUUAGACCAACAUUUGCUUCUGCAGCACGAAAAGAAGGAAAGGAUCAUGUGCGCCGAAUGCGGAAAGACGUUCAACAAAAAAGACUCUUUUAAGAGGCACAUGUCUAUACAUACGGGUAACAAACCGCACCUCUGCCCUAUCUGUAGUAAACCAUUUGCUCGUCGAUCUCAACUACGACAACAUCUCUUGAUUCACACUGGAAAGCGACCAUUUGUGUGCGACAUAUGUGGCAAGGCUUUCACCCAGAAACCAGGCUUAAUAUGCCAUCGAAAAACUCAUCCUGGAACCCAUCCUCCGCUACCUGUGAUGCCAAUCGGUGAUAUCGUCAACGAUCUUGCAGGGUUUAAAAAGGACGAUCAGGACUAA